CCACAGUGUAGGCUUCAUUCAUUGGUGCAAGACACCGAUUAUAGAAAGUUUAAGCAGUGAAAUGAAAAAAAAUUCCAUGCGGAAAAAGAACCAAAACUAGUCACAACAAAUUCUAUCGUUCAACUAGCAUACUGACGAUAUUACAAUGGGGCCUACAGGAGAAGACUCCGUUUCCUUUUAUGUCACAAUGAAAGAGGAAAAAAGAGAAAAUAGAUAUACACGCAAUAUAGUAAUCGCAUUGGGAUCAUUGCAGAUAAUAACGAUGGUUAUAUUUUUUGUCGUGAUCAUGGAGAUUAGAAUCAAUCCUGAUACCAAAAAUACGAUAAACAAUUUCACGGCGAAAUUGGCGAACAUGGACUUCAAAGACGCCAUUCUUAGCAAAAAGGAGAUUGCUUUAAUCGAUACGUAUGAUGAUAUUUCUGAUAUUGGGGAAAAGGUAGAAGCUCUGAUGCGUAUUUCCGGAUGGUACAAAGCAAAAAACAACCGCUACUACAAACUGUUUCCUUUAAAAGUCAACUACUUUACGGCAAUCAAUAAAUGCAGGAGUUUUGGAGCAAAACUAGCGUCUGCUGGAAUACGAAAUCCAAAAAUAAGAAAUGAAAUUAUUCCUAAAUUAGUACAACCAACUGGACUUGACACUUGGAUUGGAAUCGAUGACCUAAAAAUGGAAGGCAGAUGGAUUUGGUCAGACGGUGUAGCAUCGAACAAAAACAAUACAAUAUGGCGACCUGGACAACCAGAUGAUGCUAGGGGUAAAGAAGAGUGCGGACAUCUGGAUAACGGUUAUCAAUGGGCUGUUAAUGACAACAUCUGCACCUUGUUGUAUUUCUUUCUUUGUGAAAUUUGAUUGGGUUUCUAUACUGUUUUAAUGCAGACUCUAUUUGGGAUCAUUUCACAAAAUAAAAUACUCCGUAGCAUUACUGUAGUUAUAGAUGCGUAAUGUUUCAAAUGUAGUUUGUAUAGCUCUUUUAUAUAGAAUAAAAUGUAAUAAUCAUCAUAAAAUAUAUAUGAUGUAAUCAGUUUUAGUAAUUAUUGAAGUUUAUCAUAUUAUACUUGUAGGGUUACUCUGUAUACUAAAUAGACAUAUUAAGAUCUAAGGAAAAUAAACCAGUAUACAUGUCACAAGAACCUUAUUAAACUACAUUGCUUUCAAAUACACUAUAUAAAAAGAAAGUAGUAGCUUCGCCAGUUGUCGCAAGUAGGCGUCCAUUAGCCGUAAAUGAAUUAUAUAUCAAAAUUAACAAGUGUCUCAAUCGUAUAAGCCAAUUUCGAGCAAAAUGUUAAAGCUAUUUUAAACUUGUGGCUACAUUUUACUGUAAUUUUUUUCGACUGUAAUUUUCAUUUAACGAUGUUACGCAUAUUCAUUAUUUCUUAUAAAUCUUAAUCAAUAUUUGAUAAACAAAAUUAGCAUUGUUCAACCAAUAAUUCAUAACAGUAUUAGCAUUUUGAUAGUAGAACUAGGAUGCCUGUCUUAUAUGCAUAAACCUAAAUAGCUUCUUCAGAAUAUAUUUAUCAAGAAAUACAUAGCGAAGACAUUGCAAGAUUUAUUGAUUAAUUUAGUUUCAUUUGUGUAACUAUAGUUAAAUUUUGAUGGCAGUAGCAAUAAAUGCUGCUGAUGUUGUUUGUUACAGUAUGGUGAUUUGAUUA